GUUCUUUUCCUUAAGCUUUCACACAUCCAUCAUCCUCCCCCAUUGCCCUUGUUUUCAACAACCACUUUUUGUGUGAAAUUUACGCACGCAAAUAAUAAAUAAAAUAAAUAAUUAAUAAUCCUUUUCAAUAAGAGAGACACAUCCUUCACCCUCAAGGACCAAAGACGAUUCAAAGGGGAAAAGAAAAAGAAGGAAAAAAAAAACGCAAAUUCAACUCCUUCGUCCCCUCUCCUUGUAUUUAGGCAACUGUUGGUGAUUCUGCGUGGACUUGUUCGUUAAUUGUAUAUUUGUCACGGAUUUUACUAUAUUCUGCUACAUAAUUUGUAACUUAUAUUGGAGCAUUGCAUAAGUGAUUAUCCUAUCAUUCUUUUGUGAAGUCAAGUACAGUUUAUGUGAAUGCAAAUUGAGACUCAGAAGGCACAAAUAGGAAUAUAGUUAGAGCCUAUUUCUUGGUUACCACUGAGCGUGGAAGAUGACUGGUGUUAGGCGCAGAUUAAGUAAAGAUUCAGAUAUCAGUGCUCUACACAAAGAACUGGAUGAAGUUUCAUGUCCUAUCUGCAUGGACCAUCCGCAUAAUGCUGUUCUCCUUGUUUGCAGCUCUCAUGAGAAGGGCUGCAGAUCUUACAUUUGUGAUACGAGUUAUAGACAUUCGAAUUGCCUGGACCGGUUUAAAAAAAUGAGGACCGAUUCUAAUGACAGUCAUAAUUUAUCAAGUUCUUUAGUAAAUACAAACAACUCCGGAUCAAGACAGGGUGAUGCCCAAGAUCCUAGUAGAGGUUUAAACCCACAUGAAGGCAAUUUAGAAAAUGUUGAUUCUGAGACCUUGCAGGACAGGGCUGAACUUGAAGAGUUAAAUGCUGGUAAUUUUGCAUCAAAAUUAAACUUGUCAUGCCCCUUAUGUCGAGGCACAGUACAUAGCUGGGAAGUGAUUGAAGAGGUUAGAGACUAUUUAAAUACAAAGAAGAGAAGUUGCUCUAGGGAGUCAUGCUCGUUUGUUGGUAAUUAUCUAGAACUACGUCUACAUGCCAGAAGAGUUCACCCUACCACUCAUCCCUCUGUUGUUGAUCCUACUAGAGAAAGAGCUUGGCGACAUUUUGAACGUCAGAGAGAAUAUGGUGAUAUUGUUAGUGCUAUUCGGUCUGCCAUACCUGGUGCCGUUGUCGUUGGGGAUUAUGUUAUUGAAAAUGGAGAUGGAAGGUCUUCAAGUGAUAGGGAAGGCAGCCUGGGUGAUGCUAAUGGACCCUGGUUGAGUUUCUUGUUUCAGAUGAUUGACAACAUUGAAACUGUUCCGGAGCCAAGAGCUCGUCGAAGAGCAUGGACAAGGCAUCAUCGCCGACCAUCUAGAGUUGAUCGCCCGUAUCUUUGGGGCGAGAAUUUGUUGGGUCAUCGGGAUAAUGAUCGUGAUGUUGAUGAAGAUGAAUCUCCUGUGCCAAGAAGGCGUCGCCGUCUGAACCGGACUAGGUUCUUUGCAGAUCAACCAUGAGGAUUGCUGCCAAUUAUCUGGUAAAAUUCAUUAGUCCAUCUUGACCGAAAAUUAUGUUAAGAAUUGUGUGUUGGACUUGCCAUUAGCUCACCAGUUGGUUUCUUCCCUAUAAUUGUUCAUCAGUGUGCUGAGCUUGAUAUAAGCGUCAGCUGGGAAACAUGCUUUCAGCAGCUUCCUGAGCGCACUUCGGACCAAGUCUUUGGACCCAACAGAGUGUGCUGAAUGCUGAGAACAAGUUUGAAUAAGAACAGAAGAUCCUUAAACAGCAUGUUCAUUUAACAAAGCUUGUCUAAUGGGGUUUUCGUUGGAGCUCACUUCAACAACUGCCUUGGAAGAAAUUGAUUUUUCUCAAGGCUGACAUAAGGUUGUUACAUUUGUCAUUAAUGUAUAAUUGAUGCUUGUACAUCUGAAUUGUUCAACCUGUUUAUUUCCACUAAAUCAUUGUUCAUUCUAAGGUUGUGGAUAUUGUGGUUUUAUUUGUUGUCUUUUAACAGAAUGAUUGUUCGGGAUCAUAUUGAUAGAACUUCAACUGAGAUGUUGAGAUCUGCUUUCUGAAGAGUUGAUACUUCAUAAGUCAUUGAAAGAAAAGGGAAAUUCAAAUGCAUCUUAAUAUUUUGGAAACAUAAAACGUGUUCAGUAUUUUCUGUUUAAAAAUUUAAAAGAUGAUUAGGAGAAUAAAUAAUUUUUGUUUAUAGUAUAACAUGAAGUAUGAACUAUUUCGGGAGGCGUGGAAAAGCAUUUGCAAUGCAUACACGUUACGUUAAGCUAAAGAAUUUCGGCAUUUUUCUGCUACUACGGACGUACUGGUAUUAUUAAUUACUUUCUGUAUCAUGAAGCAACUGCAAAAUUAAAUUAUAUAUGACAGAUGGAAGACCAUCAUGAAAUGCCUUGUCAGAUAUGAGUACAUGUUUAUGGAAAGAGAACCAUUAUGAUUUGAAGAUUUUUCUCCCAUGUUUUUGAAGAUUUUUUUCUGAAGUUAAUUACAGACCAAUGAAUUUAUACAUACAUUAGGUACCUAUCCUUGGUAUUUGAGCAUAUGUUCCUACAAGCAGUAUUGUGCCCUUAUUCCUCCUGAUAGUAUCACAAUUGAUUGAAUUGAGUCAUCUUUAUUUAUUUGUUUAUUUUUCUUCUCCUAA